AUGGAGAAGGAGCGACCCGCAUGGAGACCCGACCCAUUUCACGCCAUGACGCCGCGCGACCCCAUGGAGUUCCUCUCGCGGUCGUGGAGCGCCUCCGCGCUGGAAGUCUCGAAGGCCCUCUCUUCGUCUCAACAGCUUCCACCUUCUUCCAACAAAACCAACGCCAACAACAACCUUUGUUCUAACAAUUCUAAUGCCUCUGUGAUACUCGAAGACAUAGCGGGUGAAGUUGAAGAAUCAGCCACUGUUUCUGGCAACCCUUUCUCCUUUGCUUCCUCUGAAACCUCGCAGAUGAUCAUGGAUCGUAUCAUGUCCCACUCCUUUGGUCAGCAGGAGGUGUCGCCAAGGACCUCAGGAAGGCUCUCUCACAGCAGUGGCCCUCUUAAUGGCUCCCUCACAGAUAGCCCCCCAGUCUCCCCUUCUGAGAUUGAUGAUUUCAAGUAUAACCGUUCCAACAACAACCAUAACGCCACCAGCAUCAUCACCGGCCUGAAUGGUCAAUACUGGGGUGCCGGUGGCGCAGCCGCAGCUGCCGCCGCAGGCGGUGGCAAGACAGUGGGGAGGUGGCUGAAGGACAGGAAGGAGAAGAAGAAGGAGGAGACCAGGGCGCACAAUGCUCAGCUCCACGCGGCUGUUUCAGUUGCUGGCGUCGCCGCUGCUGUUGCCGCCAUCGCCGCCGCCACUGCAGCCUCUUCCGGCUCCAGAAAGGACGAGCAGAUGGCGAAGACUGACAUGGCGGUGGCGUCGGCAGCCACGCUGGUGGCAGCCCAGUGUGUGGAGGCAGCCGAAUCAAUGGGUGCCGAGCGUGACCACCUGGCCUCGGUGGUCAGCUCCGCCGUGAACGUGAGGUCUGCCGGCGACAUCACGACGUUGACGGCAGCUGCCGCUACAGCUUUACGUGGGGCAGCCACGUUGAAAGCGAGGGUCCUUAAGGAGGUUUGGAACAUAGCAGCUGUGAUUCCAGUGGAGAAGAAUUUGGCUGGCGGUGGCGGUGGCGGCGGUAACGGUAGCAAUGGUAGUUCCAAUAGUAGCUUCAGUGGAGAAAUUGUUCCAGAAGAAAAUUUCUUGGGUAUCUGUUGCAGAGAAUUGCUAGCCAGAGGUUGUGAACUUCUCAAACGCACACGGACCGGUGAACUGCAUUGGAAAAUUGUAUCUGUUUACAUAAACAGGAUAAACCAGGUUAUGGUGAAGAUGAAGAGCAGGCACGUUGCUGGGACCAUCACAAAAAAGAAAAAGAAUGUGGUGCUUGGAGUGAUCAAAGACAUGCCUGCUUGGCCUGGUCGCCACUUGCUUGAAGGUGGAGAGAACCGUCGCUACUUUGGUUUGAAAACAGUGAUGCGUGGUGUUGUUGAAUUUGAGUGCAGAAAUCAGAGAGAAUAUGAUGUGUGGACUCAGGGUGUGUCAAGGCUUCUGUCCAUUGCUGGUGAGAGGAACAACAGAAACAGAAUAUUAGAUCUUUUGAUAUAUGGUGGGGUGGGGGUUUGA